UCAGUCCAACAUGUCAGCCACCACGAGGAGUCUUGCUCGAUCGUCUUGAGCUAGAGAUUUACAAAACUGUGUACAUCAUUGUGUCCUUAAUUCUCUGUCACUGCGUAUAAUAGUCAUGGGAAAGCGCAAGAAGGGAAAGGCAACCAAGAAGACCAAGCAGUCUCAGGCGCAGAAUGCUGAAGAGCAUUAUAAGAAAGCUCCUCAUUCCUUUGUAAUAAAUCGUGGACAUGUUGGAAAAAAUGUGUCAGAACUCAUUACUGAUAUGAGGAGAGUUAUGUCACCCUAUACAGCUUCAAAACUAAAGACAAGAAGGAAGAAUGUGCUGAAGGAUUUUGUGACGAUAGCUGGAACCCUUAACGUGUCUCAUCUUCUCAUGUUUACGAAGUCUGAAACUUCAACAAACUUGCGUGUGACACGCCUACCCCGAGGACCCACUUUGACUUUCCAAGUCCAGAAGUUCAGUUUAUGUAAAGAUGUUGUUUCUUCUCUUAAGAGACAUAAUAUGGACCCAAAGCAAUUCAAUCUACAUCCAUUGUUGGUGAUGAAUAAUUUUACAGGAGAAGGUGUUCAUCUUAAAUUGAUGUCUAGCAUGUUUCAGAAUUUAUUCCCUUCUAUAAAUGUUACCAAGGUGAAGUUGAAUGACAUAAGAAGAUGUGUACUAUUCAAUUAUAACCAAGAAGAUGAAACUAUCGAAUUCAGACAUUAUAACAUCAAGGUGGUUCCUGUGGGGAUGGGCAGAGCAGUGAAGAAACUUAUCAAAGCAAAAAUUCCCAACAUGAGCAGAUUUGAUGAUGUCAGUGAAUUUGUUCUUGGUGGCGGCAAUCUUUCUGAGAGUGAAGCUGAGAUGGAUGGUCCUCAUAAUGAAGUGGUUCUACCACAGCACAUGUCCAGUAGAGGAAACAUUAAGUCUGCUCAGAGUGCAAUCAGGUUGACUGAGAUUGGUCCAAGGAUGACUUUGCAACUAGUCAAGAUUGAGGAUGGCAUGUGCAGUGGUGAUGUUUUGUUUCAUAGGUUUGUAAAAAAGACAGAAAAGGAAAUCCAAGCUGCAAAGGAGUUCCGAGAACAUAAAAAAAAACUUAAAUUGAAAAGAAAGCAACAACAAAUGGAGAGGAUAAAGGAAAAAGAAAAAGAGAAAGAAGGACACAAAGAAAAGUGCUUAGCUGGGAUGGACAAGAACAAGGAAGAAGAGAAAAACAAUGAAACAAGCAAAGAUGCUGAAGAGAUGAGUGAUGAAGAUGAUGUCGAAUACUAUAAACAAGAACUUGGCUCAGCACCAGAUCCAGAUCUUUUUCCUGUUGGUGGACAAAAGCGAAAACGCAAGAUGAAAACGGACAUUCCAGAGAAAAGAAAGAAAAUUGAAACCAACAGUAGACAGCAGAGAAAACCUCAGAAACAGUUUUCAAGUAACAAAAGUAAAGGAAGUAUGGAUAAGACUAAGAGCAAAAAGUCAAUACACAGAUCUAACAGAGAGCAAAGAGGUCCAAGGAAAAAUGGAAAUAAGUUUCGAAAAACUGGAAAAGGGAAGAACUUUAAAGGGAAGAAACAGCAAAGAAAAUAAAACACCAUAGGAUUGAUAACAGUCACUGGUUCAAUUUUAUUUCAUUUGGCAUAAAAUUGCAAUUCCUUGUCAUGAUUUCAAGAGAAAAUUGGCUAUCUGGGACUGGUUAGCAGCUAUAUGCAAACUAAGAAAUGAUUUUGGCUGCUGGUUAGUUUGGUGAACUUCAUGGGCACGUAAUUAAUGAUAAGAUGAAUGUCACUUAUAAAGAAGAAAUAUAACCUGGUCAUUUUAAAUAUUUUUUAAAGAAUGAAAAUUUCCUCAUAAAGGAAUGUAAUUUAGUUAGAAAACACCAUUUGAAAGUGUGUAUAGUGAGUGAUAUAACUGAAAUAAUUUUUUUUUACAAAAAUAAUUCAUUUUGAAAAAGUCACAAGGUUUUGUAAAUAAACUUUAACACUUUUGUUGCUUUGACAAAACAUUUUAUUGCAUUCAUACAAUUAGGUGAACAGAACUGGCAAAAGUAUUAAGUGGACAAGAAUGUGCAAUAAUUUGGAGUGAAACUUUCACAUGCAAUGCACUGAAUCCAGCCAAAGAUCUUUUAACACUUCUUGGUCCCUCCACAUUUAUUAAAA